CCAGCCACAAGGCAGACCAGAGUUCCCCCGUCUCUCCCCCGCCGUCAAGCCUUCGACGCAAACCCGGAUAUGUUCACUCCCCAGGCGGCGACGCGCCGGGGCUUCUCCCCCUAAGCAGGAGGCGGAGGAAGAGGCGGCGGCAUGGGAGUGUUUUUACCUCGAAGAGAUGCUUGAAGAAGCGCGCACGUCUCCGCAACAGACUGGCUGAGGAAGACUCCCGGAGGAAGGCGAGCGAGGAGGAGCGGGACUGCGGCGAUGCCGCUGCCCCAGGGUGCGCUGCUGCUCCUGGGCGUGCUGCUGAUGGUGGCCGGCGGCUUGGUGGCCCUGUGCGCGCCUCUGCCCAGCAUUGCGGCUCCCGUCCUGGGGUUCUUCCUGGGCAUCGGGGGCGUGGGCCUGCUGGUGAGCGGGCUGUGCAUGGCCAUGAAAAACCUGCAGGCGGCGGUGCCGGGACAUUUCCUGCUGCACCCGCGCACGGGGACGCGCUUCAGCCCGCAGCAGUCGCUGGCCAUACAAAGGAGGCUGGACCGAAUUCGUCGAGAGAUGUCAACGGACUCUGUCGGCGGCGCGCCGGACCCCGAACCGGCCCUCGAACCGGUCCUCCCGUCCACCCCUCCCCCUUGGACCAUGGAACCUCCCCCGUCCUACGACACGGUGAUGAAGAUCCAAGAGCACGGCGAGCAGCACUAACGUCGUCCCCUAUCGGACGUAUUGACUUUGAUGCCAUGUGCAUGUUGUGAACGGUCGCUAGCAAGCUAAGUUCACUUAUCAUUCCGGUGCCUUUAAAUGGGACCAAAGACUUUCUUAAAGGGAUGGCGUCAACAUGAUUGGCUCGCUUUAAUUUACGUAAGCAACUAUUGUGGCUACACAGCACCUGAGCGCCAACUCCAAUGCAAAGUGCCUUUCUCUGGAGCCUUUUCACACGGAGACCCCCCCAAAGUCAGAGCAUCAGAGUCGUUAAAAAAAAAAAAAAAAAAAAAUCCACAAAUUUUUCACAUCUGCCUUUCAGGCAAAUGCCAGCAAAAGUGGGAUUUUGCUGCAAUCAGAUCAUUACACUGGUCAACAACAAAUUUAUUAUGUAAGAUUUUUUUUAGCUGAUUUAGGACAAUAUUGAUAUGCUGAAUCCAAAUAUCACAUUUGUUUUGCGCAAUCAGGUCAAUGUUUUGGACGUAUGGCCACAUGAUUUUGUUUACAUUUACAGGUAUUUGAAUUGAAUUUUGAACAAAGAUGACAAUUUAGAUGACAAUUUACAGGUGCUUACUUUUAUCAAUGUCUACUGUUCAAUUUACAGGAAGCAAAGUUUGUAACAUUUGAUUAAUAAACCGUAAACUACUUGGCAUAAAAACCUGACCUGAACAAGAGAAACGGAUGCCAUUUUUGGAACCACCCAUGCAAAAUUGUUCAAAAUCAAUUAAAAAAAACAUUGACAACUUACAAAAAAAAAAAAAAAAACUUUAUUUGUAACCCAGUGUUAGAUGACGUCAGCAACAAGGAAGAUAGGAGGUGUUUAUUUCAGGUUUAUUUAUUAGAGGAGGGGCUACUGUUUGAAGAAUUACGGUACUUUCGUAAAAUCUGAAUAAGGGGAAAAAAGGCUGUGUUUAUUUGAGAUGAGCAGAGGAUCUUAUUUGAGGAAACACAGUGUUGUUCUGUAAGAGCUGAAGUCCUGAAGGGUACAACAGGUGUUUAUUUUAGGUUAGGCCCUUAUUUGUUCAAGCAAACGAUGCACGUGGUGAUUAUUUGAGGCAUGGCGUCUAUCAGAGCACGGGCUACUACUUUAGGAAGCAUGUAUUUUUGUAUAAGGUCUAAAGUCGUAAGUGGACAAAAGUAGGAAUUUGUUUGAGGUCAAGCGUCUGUUAGAGCAGAGGUUACUUUUUGAGGGCGUGCGGUAUUUUUGUGUAAGAUCAGAAUUUUUGAUUUCUAUGACAUGCGUGACGCAUUAACCCCCAUUCUAACCGUGUGUUUUUUUCCCGCAACAACGUCACCUCAAAGCAUCCAAUCAGAUCACUUGACUGUUAUUCGCCAUGCUACUGCCAGCCACUAGGGGGCAUCUUUGCAUGCUAUUUGGGAACUGCAAAUGCUACGCUACGACGUGUCAACCUGCAUUCCGGCCGUGGUUUUCAUCAUGUUUUUUGGGCACCGGGGGGGGACGAUGUCGCCCCAAAGCAUCCAUUCUCUAUGCAAUUGACAACCACUAAGGGGAUAUUUGUAUGUUAUCUGAGGAUUGCUUCAUUUGCUACAGCUCAAUUUGCUGUUUUCUUGGUUAUUUUGAUGACAAUUGUGACAUAUGCAAUUGUUUGUUCUAUAAACCU